CGACCUCAAUAGUAGUCGAUAGGUUAGAGAAGAAACAAGAUUUUGAUCGAUUCUUAACUACAACCAAAAUGAAUUUCCGUAAUCUGAUUACUUCCGGUUCUCGCCUCGGCAAGAGAUUCUGUGCAACAGUCUUUGCUCCGGCGUCGGCGACUGGCGUCGUCGAAGCCUCUGUUUCUUCUCCAGCGGCGGCGAAUGGCGUCGAAGCCUCUGUUCCUGCUCCGACGGCGGCGUCAAGGCAGCGAGAGUUGUACAAGAAACUAUCGAAGCUUAGUGUGGCGGGAGGGACAGUGGCAGAGACGUUAAAUCAGUUCAUCAUGGAGGGUAUUACGGUCAGAAAAGUCGAUCUCUUUCGCUGUGCGAAGGACCUUCGCAAAUUCCGUCGACAUCAACACGCUCUUGAGAUCUUUGAUUGGAUGGAGAAGAGGAAAAUGACAUUUUCUGUCUCUGACCAUGCAAUUCGUUUGGAUCUAAUUGCAAAGGCUAAAGGCUUAGAAGCAGCUGAGAACUAUUUCAACAACUUAGAUCCUUCUGCAAAGAAUCAUCAGUCGACUUACGGGGCGCUCAUGAACUGUUACUGUGUGGAACUUGAGGAAGGGAAAGCAAAGGCUCAUUUUGAGAAAAUGGAUGAGCUUAACUUUGUUAACAAUUCGUUACCGUUUAAUAACAUGAUGUCUAUGUACAUGCGGUUGAGUCAACCCGAGAAGGUACCUGUUUUGGUUGAUGCAAUGAAGCAGAGGGGUAUAUCUCCUUGUGGGGUAACUUACUCUAUAUGGAUGCAGAGCUGUGGAAGUUUGAAUGACUUAGAUGGAUUAGAGAAGAUUAUUGAUGAAAUGGGCAAAGACAGUGAAGCUAAAACCACUUGGAAUACUUUCUCUAAUCUAGCUGCAAUCUUCACUAAAGCAGGUCUUUACGAGAAGGCAGAAUCUGCGCUGAAAUCUAUGGAGAAGAAGAUGAACCCUAACAACCGUGAUUCCCACCAUUUUCUCAUUAGUUUGUACGCUGGAAUCUCGAAAGGUACUGAGGUUUAUAGAGUUUGGGAAUCGCUGAAGAAGGCUCGUCCUGAGGUCAACAACUUGAGCUAUCUUGUCAUGUUACAAGCAAUGAGUAAACUCGGCGACAUAGAUGGGAUUAAGAAGAUUUUCACAGAGUGGGAAUCAAAAUGCUGGGCGUACGAUAUGAGGCUGGCUAAUAUCGCGAUUAACACGUAUUUGAAAGGGAAUAUGUAUGAAGAAGCAGAGAAGAUUCUUGAUGGUGCCAUGGAAAAGUCUAAAGGACCUUUCUCCAAAGCGAGACAGCUUCUGAUGAUCCAUCUGUUAGAGAAUGGUAAAGCGGAUUUGGCUAUGAAGCAUUUGGAAACAGCAGUUUCUGAUCCCGCAGAGAACAAAGACGAAUGGAGCUGGAGCUCAGAGCUAGUCAGCUUGUUUUUCCUUCACUUUAAGAGAGCUAAAGAUGUUGAUGGAGCAGAAGAUUUCUGCAAGAUUUUGUCAAAUUGGAAACCUGUUGAUUGUGAAACUAUGAGCUUUCUCAUAAAGACUUAUGCAGCGGCAGAGAAAACUUGUCCUGAUAUGCGAGAGAGAUUGUCUCAACACCAGAUCGAAGUAAGCGAGGAGAUCCAAGACUUGCUUAAAACAGUUUGUCCUUAAAUUAACAUUGCAGUAAUUGGUAAUGAUUGUUAUUUGAACAUUAUGUUUAAACUUGUGUCUCGUUUAGAGUUCAAUCUUCUUGAAUCUUGUUUCAGAAAACAAAGCUUAGCUCUUUUUAGAGUCCUUGACAAUGUGUCGGUUACAUAUGGGAAGAUUUUAUAAAAUUAGCUUUGUUUA